AUGAGGGCCACUCUGCUCAGUUUUGCUGUUUUCUUUGUGUUGGUUGAUCAGUUUGCUCUUUCAAACGCAGGUACCAUAUUGUUCCUUAAAUACUCCUGUAAAAACACUCAUGAAAUAUGGAAUUCAAGCACAAAAGUAUUUCAUUGAGUCAUUCUGUUGCAGCGCCAGGCAAACUGGAUUGCCCUUCACCGCACAUUCUCUUUUAUAAGAAAGUCUAAUUUUUGGGCUGAGGCUGAACUAGCUUUAUUAUUUAUUCAUUUAUCUUUUUUGCGAUUAUAACGCCCUGAUCAAGUUCUUAUUUCAUUCUGGAACGGCUGUUAUAUAAUUAAUAAGAACUGUUAAAAAAUUGAACUGAGUUUCCUUUCAUAAAUUUUUAUUUUUGAAGUUUUUGACGUUUAAGUAUACUGAUUAAGUUCGAGUACAAACUAAGUUGUUCUCCAGUGUAUCAUGCAAUAAUAAAAGAAUAAUCAAUUUUAGAUCAAUUUUAAUUUAUUUCUUUUACCUUUACUUAUGCUACUCGCCAAAAAAAACAAAUGAGCAAAAUACAAGACGUUUAUAACUGACUCUCUCUACCUAGGAAUAUUCUUAUUAUGUUCUUAAAAUUAUAUUUGGUUAACCAACGUUUUAAAAAAAAAGUUGUUUUAGUGUAAAAAAAAAAAAACUGUAUACCUGAGUUCCUUUGAGAGUACGCGCGCGACUGACACGUCAUUGAAAAACCGCAUUUUUUUUCACCAUAAAAAAGGCGACUGAUCGUGUAAAUAAUACAUUGUGUUUCCUUUUUUCUUUGUAAAGUUGUUGAGACUUCUUUAACUUGCUUGUCUUACCAUCUAUUUAUUUUGCAGGGAACUGCACUCUGUACUCUCCACCAAAGAAUGGCGCUUUGGUGUGCAACUACAUUGGAUCGGACCCGACUUGCCAAGUUCAAUGUAAACAAGGCUAUGAUUUUGAGUUCACUCCUCCCCUUGUUUAUUACUGCUCUGAGGGAGAAUGGAAAUUUUUGUCAUUUUUUUACUAUGAAGCAAGAUUUCCAUGGCCAAACUGCAAAAGUAAGUGUGACUAA